AUGUCUGUGCGAUCGUGGCCAACAGCACUUGAUAGGGAACCAACUGAGGAUAACCCAGCCAGGUCCGAGCCUGGACAAAGAUGCAUUGAAGGUACAUGGAGAGAUGUUCGGUUAGAAAAAGAAGAAAUGGAAAAGGAGAAGAUAAAUGCUUUGUUUAAGACUCGUAUACAUUUAAUGAACACCCUCACAAAGACGAAAGGAUGGAUACAGGAGGCAAUUUAUGCUGGUGAACCAGUGGAUAAUAUCAAGACAAAAAAAGAGCAUUACGAUGAAUGUUGGAGAGAAUUUGUCCGCAAGCACGAACAAUACAUGGAGUUACUCGUGAGCGAAGAGGAAAAGGAUAUUGCAAGUCGAAGUUAUAAAGAACUGAUGACUAAAAAAAUGCAUUUGGAUGAAAUGGUGAUGUCUUUACGAAGGAGGGUAAUGCUAGCGUCAAGACAAAAGGGAGAAGAUGCUAGUUCAUUCUCGGGAAAAUCAAGGCGAACUUUGGCAA